GGCAGCACUGUAUAGUGACGACACAAAUCCUUCCGCCAUAUUUGAAUAUCCGCACACCUUUUGCAAUCUUUUUUUUAUUCUGCUUAAAUGAGCCAUUUAUUUCAAUAAUCACCGAAAUAAGAAUCGAUCUUUUUCAUUUUCCUUCAAGAAAAAAAUUGUAAACGAAAUUUUUUACACCAAACAUCGGAAGUCAAUAUUCGAGUAUAACCUAACUUUACACAACAAUCAAUUUACGAAAAGUGUCCAAAUGUCGAAGGCGGACAAUUCCAGGAGACGAAGGAUUUAUUUAUUUUGAAUGUAAAUUCCUAUCAAUGUGGAUUAUUUCGAGACAAUGGAUAAAGGAGGUAAAAAGUAUCAACUACUGGAACUGGGGACAAAAUUAGAAAUCCUCGAGACCCUGCAAUCAAACGAGAAAAAUGGCAUAAAGACAAAUAAUUCAGAACUCGGGCGAAAAUAUAAUGUAUCAGAAACGACAAUUCGUCGAAUAAAAACGCGUCGUCGGAAAUUCUACGAAAUGCACUUGCAACAAAAUGAUAAAGUAUCACGUCUCAAGAUGAAGAAGAAAAUUUUGAAUUCGAAACAUUCGAUUCUCGAGGAGACACUUUACAAAUGGUUCAAGCAGAAAAUAGCAAUUGGACAAGCACCGUCGAAAUGUUCUUUAGCGAAACAAGCAUUGCUAAUAAAUUCCCUGAUUAAAGGCGAUAAAGAUUUCAAGGCAAGCAGAGGUUGGGUUGAAAGAUUCAAAAAUAGAUUUCAAAUUCAGUCACAUUGGUUUCGUGAUAAUAAAUCAUUGACGAAUUGCGAGGAUGAAAGGGAAUUUGUCAAUAAGCUCGAAUCAAUAAUGAGAUUAAGGGAUUUUCAAUUGUACCAAAUAUACAAUGCAGAUGAAACGGGUAUUUUUGUGAAGAUGUUACCCGAGACAUCGUUUGACGAAUUUGAUAAGAAUUUAUCGAAGGAGAGAGUUACUGUGAUGGUGUGCGCGAAUGCGGACGGUAGUCAUAGAAUUCCUCUGUUUAUCAUUGGAAAUAGCAAAGACACUUCUUGCCUUGAGGACGUUCAUAGAUUACCAUUUGUAUACAAUAGUCAAGAAGAUGGAUUUAUGACUCGUGAACUUUUCAUUAAAUGGUACAUAGAAGUUUUUUUGCCUUCGAUUCGUAAAUUUCAAGCCGAAUCAGGAAGAUCGUAUAAUGUUUUGCUAAUUUUAGAUAACGCCACUUGUCACCUAUCGAAAAAUGAAUUGGACGCAGUCGACGAUUUGUGUAGUGUAGAACUCCUCCCUCCGAGUGGAAUCUUCUUUCAACCGAUGAAUCAAGGAAUUGUUGAGGAAAUAAAGAAACAUUACAGAAGAAGUUUUUUGCGAGAAAUUCUCCUUGAGUGCGAUGACAACAGUCUAUUGAAAUUGGCAAACGCAAUGACGAUGAAAACUUGCUGUGUAAAAAUGGCUUCUGCAUGGUCGGAAAUAAGCGAUUCUCGGAUUACCCACUCGUGGAGGAAAUUGAUACCGACUUGUAAAGUUGACACUGAAAAUUCGGUUAUAACUGUAGAUGAAAUUAAAGAGAUUCUUCAGCGAAUUCCAUGUUAUCGGAAUAUUACCAAAGAGCAAAUAUCCGCUUGGCUUCAAAUAGAUAGACAUGAAUCCGGUUGGAAACUUUUGAGCAUCGAGCAAAUUUUAGAGAGUAUUCAUGGAAUUAAGACUGAAUUCGAAACAAUGUCGACAGACAGUGUCGAAAUGGAAUUCGAAGACGUUCCAAAAGAAGAAUACGAUCCACUUGAUCUUCAAGUUGAAGCGACAGAAGCUUAUCAGAGAUUUCAAGAGUUUCGCGAUUGGUUUCAAAAACAGUGGGAAUGUGGUCCGGAACAUGUGAUAAUGCUCGAGAAAAUUAAUGACAUUACAAAGGACAUUAUUUCACGAAAAAAUUUUCAGACACCGGUUUCAAUUCAAUCUACGAAAGCAAAGGGGAGCUAAAUUCAUUCCUUCCAAUCCGCCCACGAUUUUUUUGAAUAGUUCCACUUCAGAACGGAUCAUAUCAGGAUGAUUGGUCGACAAUUCUUCGCUGGUUUAUUUUAAGGUAAACAGGCAGAAUUCUCAAUGCAUGAAAAUACGAAAGUAACGGCAGAAUUUCGAGGAUGUGAUACUGAUUGUCAGGAGGUAUUUGUUCGUAAUUUAACAACACCUUUAGGCAAAAUACCGGCAGCAAUUCUUA